AUGCGCCGCGCUGCGACCGGCGUCUCGAUCGUCGCCCGCCGCAGUCAGUGUAAGAACUGCGGCAAGAAGUACCUCAACGCCACCAGCGUCUGCGUCCUCACCUUUUGCUCGCUCGACUGUCAAAGCAACUCGCAAUACCUCGAGCUCGUGCACAAGCGUCUCCGGUCGCUCUUCGCGCUCGAAGAAGCCAGUCGCCUCCUUGGCACCCGACCGUCAGCGCGCACCUGA